AUGAGACUCUCCCAGGUCCUUUCGACGCUUAUAGCUGUCGCUGCUACAGCACAAGCACAGUCACAACCGUUUCUGAUCACAACCACCCGCCGGUUCUCGUCAGUAGGAGAUGUCGAACCAACAGCUACAGAGACAGUAUCGGGGCCAAUACAAACAGGGCAAGCAUGUGCUCAAAUUGGAAGAUAUAUCUCGGGCUCCAGGUUACGCUUUCCUAGUGUCGAAGCUGAGCUAGCGUACGCAUGUCUCAAAUCCGUUCCUAUAGUUGCGGAGGCGGCGAACUUCACGGUCAAUUCCGUAAAGCAGAUGGUUGAGUUUCAGUCGACGAUAACGUACCUUAAAGAUCCUCCCACAGGUUGGCCAAACGAACCAGUAGAUAUCCUCGCUGGACUGGACGAGAUCGCUUCCAAAGUCAAUGACGGCACGUACACAAACGAGUACGACUUCGAGAACGACAUUGCAGCCUUAUUCAUCAAAGCUCACGAUGGGCACUUGAACUUCAACGGCAUGGCCUAUGGCGGCGCUUUCAGGUGGCGAAGGGACCUCAACAUUGCAUUGAUCUCUGCGUCAAGAGACGGAAGUGCCGUACCUCAAGUCUGGUCCAUCCGCGACUACAACGCUUCGCAGUCAGGCUACGAACCGUCUCCGAUCACCCAAAUCGACGGGCAGGACGUGCAGCAGUUUCUUCAGGCAGAAGCGGCAAUGAACGCCUACCACGAUCCGGACACCAGAUACAACGCGUUGUUCUUCAUGGCUAGCGCUGAGACCUAUGGACUUUUCACAAGUCCACGGUUUUACCCGGGGCCUACUACAAGUGUCACCUACCAGAACGGGACUACGAGGGAGUACACCAAUGCCGCAGUAGUUUUGCAGUCAGAUACGUGGUCUGAGAUCUUCAGCAGGGAGGACUUCUACCAGAUUUACGUCUCACCACAAACAUCAAGCUCGUCAGGAACCAAGGCCAAGAAGAGAGAUCCGAAUGCACUUCCAUUUCACCUCGAGAACCCUCGCGACCACGAGAUACAAGGCUACAACACGAUCCAGCACGGAUCAGCUCCUCUGAACUACCCAGAGCCCGCGAUAGCUCACUCGGCUGACUUUGUACCACUUGCAGGCUACUUCGUCAACACUGUAGCCGGCGAAAUCGGAGUCUUCGUCGUAGGCACAUUCAACACCGACGACGUAGCCGGUGCGCAAGAGUUCCAACAAGUAACGCAGCAAUUCAUCUCCGAAGCCCAAUCCCGCGGUGUCACACGCAUCAUAAUCGACGUGCGCCAAAACGGCGGCGGCAAAGUUCUCUCCGGCUACGACAUGUACAAGCAGUUCUUCCCGGACCAAGAACCCCAAACCCAGUCCCGCUGGCGCGGCCACGCAGCCAGCGAAAUCUACGGCGAAUCGAUAUCAUCGUUCCGGUCAAUGACUGCGCUUAAUGCAAACUUGUACGUCAGCCCCUUCAGCAAAGCGUCCUACACCGACGCCAACGGCAAUGACUUCGGAACCUGGGCGGACAUGUACCCCCCUGUGCAACACCACAACGACAAGUUCACCAGCUUGCUGAAAUACAACCUGUCCGACCCCACCACAACCUCCAGCGAGGUGCUGGCAAUCGGCAUCACAGUGACAGGCUACAACGACCGCGCUUCCUUCACCACACCGCCCUUCCGCGCCGAAGAUAUUGUCAUCCUGAGUGAUGGUAUCUGCGCAUCCACAUGCGCCAUAUUCCUCGAACUCAUGGUCCAGCAGUCCAACGUACGCACGAUCGCUGUGGGUGGGCGCCCGCAACUCGGGCCCAUGGCUCCCGUGGGCGGGACAAAAGGCACGCUCGUCACACCGAGCGAUUUCUUGCAAGCGCUGGCACAGUACGUGGUUGCGCAGUUUGCGGAUAGUAGGACGCAGCAAAGUGAGUGGGCAAGAUUUGUGCCGAAUCCGUUUGCGAUCAGUGUCAGCGAUGCGAGUGUGAAUUUCCAGGAUAACAUCCGUAAAGGCAAAGAAGGUGCCGGUGUGCCGACACAGUUCCUCAAUGACACAGCGAGUUGCAGGAUCUGGUAUGAGCCGGAUAUGUACUUCAACGUCACAUCACUGUGGGAGAAGACGGCGGAGGUGGCGUGGGGGAAUAACGGCGCCCUGAAUGAGGGUGCUUGUGUAAGGGGCAGUGUCACAACGAGGGAUCAGCAGACUGGUGGUGGGCAUAGUAAUCCUAGCGGGACGGAAGAGGGUGCUGGAGGGUCGAGCGAGAGCGAGGAUGCUGCUGCUGGGCUGAGGCCGAGUGGUGAUGGGUGGACGGCGAUUGUGGUCUGUAGUGCUGUGGUGUUGAGUUCGAUGGGUGUGGGGAUGGGAAUUAUUUGGUGA